UGGCUCGAUUCGCCUGAGCGUGCAGUCGCGCCGUCUAAAUUAGCAUUAUGAUUUUUUCGGACAUUCACUGUUUACAUAGGACUUAAGUAAUUUAAAAUAUGUUUUGUGUACUUAACAUGAAAACAAAUACCAAAUACUUAGUUAGGUAGUGGUGGAAAAAAGUGCGUCUUUUUAUUUAAAUUGUAUUGUAAACUGGCAGUGUAUUUUUGAAGCUUUGGUGGAUUUAAAUUUUGAUAAAACAGACACAAUGGAGAACGGGAAUAGAAAAAACCUUUAUUUGGUAACACUUUCAGUGUCAAUGGCGAUGGUAACACUGGGCGUGUCGUCUGCCUGGCCUACCCCCGUGCUUCCGAAGUUCAAUAACAAUGAAACCAACGUAGAUAUUACUAAGUACGAAAUGUCGACGAUGCUUGCAAUAAAUCCGGUGGGGUUCGUCGUGGGCUCUCUCGCUACGGGCUACAUAGCAGAUAGGUUCGGGAGGCGAGCCACUAUACUGGGUAGCGCACUUCCCAUUACAAUAGGCUCGAUAGUGGCGGUAGUUGCCGAACAUGGGUGGAUGCUCUCUAUGACCACUUUUUCUUGGAGUUGUGGCACCGGCAUGGUCAGCACAGUCAGCAACUACUACUUAUCAGAAAUUGCAGACAAAGACGUGAGAGGUAGACUGUCAGUCAUCACAGGUUUCAUGUUCAAAUUCGGGAACCUCCUUACGAUGUCUGUAGGACCCUUCCUCUCUUACGAAGUCCUCAACUACAUUAUGUUGGCCUUGCCGAUGCUCUUCUGUUUAAUGUGCUGGUGGAUACCAGAGUCUCCUUACUUCUGCUUGAAGACAGACAACGUAGAAGGUGCUAGAACUUCACUAAGGAUUCUGAGGGGAUAUAAGGAUGAGAAGGUUUUGGAAGAUGAGUUGCAAGCAUUACAAGCGAACGUCAAGAACGACAUGAGCCAUUCCAGCUCUGUCAAAGAGUUGUUCCUCGGCAAGCAGUACAGAAGAGCUAUUAUAAUAGCUGCUGGUUUAAAAUUAACGCAGAUAAUGACUGGUGCGGUGGUCAUAAGGCAAUACUUGGGAUGGAUCAUGGCGGAGACCAAGCUGAAAAUGGAAUUAUCUCUAGCUCUCAUCAUAUACGCUGCAAUUUCUUUUGUUGUUGGCAUGAUGUCAUCAGUAUUAGUAGACCGAGUUGGUCGCCGUCCUCUGCUGAUUGUCUCAUACAUCGGCACCGGCGCCUCCCUCGGCGCAGUCGGCUUUUACUUCUUCUUACAAGACGUACUCAGCAUCAGUCAUGACACCUUAGCUAUUAUCAGCUUCAUUCCACUUCUCGGCAUCAUUCUAGCCAACGUUAUCUCAACAAUAGGGUUCAACUCCCUAAUUUUCAUCAUCCCUGCGGAAAUAUUUCCUAUGAACGUGAAAGCGAAAGCUAUGACUUGUCUCAGUCUUUUUGGUGCCGCAUUGGGUCUCACUGUAGGCCUUGGUUAUCAGAGAGUCAAAGAUUUCUGUGGCUUAACUACAGUGUUCUGGAUUUUUGCUGGCUUCGCAAUCGGUGGAGCAGUUUUCUGUUAUUUCUUGGUAACAGAGACUAAAGGAAAGGAUCUGAAAGACAUUCAGGUAGAGUUACAGGGUAACGGAUAUGAUGCCGUUGAGCUCGAAGAUAUGAAUAAGUUAGAGAAAGUUGUUACAAGUAAUGUUGAUAACGAAAAUUGUACCGAAACGGAAGAGCUUAAUAAGAAGUAGACUUAAUUUUAUUAGCUUUACUACAUGCCUUUCCUUUUUUUGGAAGAUUCUUUUCUACAAUUAAUUUUAUAUUUUCCAUUUGUAUAAAUUAACCUUACCAUAAGAAUGAAAUAAGUUAUAAAUAAACAAGACUGCUAUAGAAUUAGGUUAUUUCUCAAAAGAUAUCAAGCAACAAAACUCCAUCUGCAUUUACGGCAUUUAGGUCUCGACGUGUUCAUUUUUGCUUCACAAUCACAAGAUAUUUUAAGAUUUUUAUUUUACCUUUUCUUUAGUCUAAGAUACAGGUUUCUCAAGUUAUAAUAUUUAAUUAUUAACGCAUUGAAAAUGAACAAAAUCUAUUAGCCUAAAAUCUAUUAAUCUAUUGACUAUAUGUAUAGCCUUAAAUAUUGUAUUUACCAUGGCUUUUAAAAUUUUAUAUAACUUAGGUUACAGAGCUUGAAUGUACUGUUGUUAUAUGGAAAUAAUAAUCUUUGCUUUAUUUCGAAGCCAAUUUUACACCAAAGGGACCUUACAAAGGUCAGAUAUUGAAUGAGCUGAAGAGAGUGAAGAGACACAAAAGUUGAUUCUAGAACCGUUUAUAUGGUAAAAAUAUAAAUAUUUACUUACCUAUAUUAACAUUUUUCUAGGCUUUGCUUCAUUGUACUAUCAAAGGAUUCAUCACGUAAUGUAUAUUAUUAUGUACAUUUUCAUUAUAAAUCAAUCAAUAAUUGUGUCUCUCACGUGGUAGUUUUGAUACUAGCCACAUAGUGGCGACGAAAUGUGUGGUGCCUAUGUAGAGGCUCGAAUAGGCAGUAAGUUUGUAUGUCUCCGAACCUAAAACCAAUAGUGAUAGAAAGCUAUAUUUUUGGCAAUAGUACUAAGUUAAUAUAUAUUUAUAUAAAUAAAAUAAUAAGCUUUUAUAUAUUUUGUGAAGGUACAAACAUCACAGACGACGCCUUUGGGGGAUGAUUGUUAAUUUAAAUAAAUAAGAGUACAUACCUAAUUAUAAAUAUUUACUUAAUUAUUAUACCUAAUAUACAGAGUUAUUGGUAAAUCACUAACAACCUUGCAGGACUGCAUUACUAACGUCAUAAAGUACAACUUUUGUUCUAUGACUUUUUAUAAAACAUAAUACAUUUGCCAAAAACAAACCUACAAGAUUUCAUUGGUCUAUCUA